AUGACUGACUUGGGCAACAUAGCUGCUUAUCGCUCCCCGCCGAACCCUUCGUCGUCUCCAGCACGCAAGCAGUCGUCUGGCUCGCUAUACGAGAGGGCAGCGAUGGCUUCCUCGUUGUCGCCUGACCAGUACGGGAAGGCGCCGCAACAAUUGCCGUACAGUGGCGGCUCCGGUAACGGUGGUGGUGGUUCCGACCAGGAGAAGGGGCCCCUGAGCUCGUUGAACCUCGGUUUCCUCAAAUCCUUGACGGAAAAGAGGACGACACGUGAUGGCAAUCCGCCCAAGAGGAGAGGGCCGAAGCCCGAUAGUAAGCCGGCUCUGACCAGGAGACAAGAACUGAACCGUCAAGCGCAACGCACGCAUCGUGAGAGAAAAGAGCUAUAUAUCAAGGCUCUGGAAGACGAAGUGCUGAGACUAAAAGAGAUCUUCAGCAAUAUUUCGCAAGACAAGGACAAAGUGGCCGAGGAGAACAGACAACUGAAGCAGAUUCUGGCCCAAAACGGCAUCCCUCUCUCGCACUACGGCGAUGACAUGAUCAGCAACCCCAGCGCAGGAUACACGUCCAGCGCCAGUGUGUCUGGCCACAGCUACGGCCAAAACGCGUACACGCCGCCGAUGACAUCCACGACAGCGCCAUCGGUGUCGCCCUCGUCUCACGGUCCGUCUCACUCCCACUCCCACGGUCCGCCCCCUCCCCUUCCUCAGAUGAUGGGCGGUCAGCAGCUGCAAAACAUGCAGGAGCAGAAUUCUGGCAGAAAUGUGGACUUUGAGCAAGCGGGCAUUGACUUCGUCUUAACCGAGAUGGGCGGCGAACCCUGCGGCCACGCACUCAUGGCCUCGUGCCCCCCGGCGCCUUUCCCCGAGUUGACGCCCGACAUCCCGUUCGGAUACAGUAACGUCAACGGGGACUUGGAUUCUCAGCAGAGAACGUGGGAAGUGAGCAAGGGCAGUCUUUCAGCCCUGUUGGACCUUAGCAAGAAGCUCAACCUCGAUGGAGAGGUCACGCCCGUCAUGGCCUGGGGCAUGGUUCUCGGCCACCCCCGGUGCCAUGAGCUCCGCGCCGAGGACUUCAACAAGCUCACUGACGAGCUCAAGGACAAGGUCCGAUGCUACGGCUUCGGCGCCGUGAUGGAGGAGUUCGAGGUCAGGGAUGCCCUGGAGAACGUCUUCUGCUCCCGACCUGAGAUGAUGGUCUACUGA